ACACACACACACACACACACACACACACACACACAAGGUGGAGGUGUGUGCUAACCUCAUAUAAUCACACCAGGUGCCAGUUUUUCAUUGUCCUGCUGAGAAAAUCCUGAUUACUGAUGGUGUGUGUGUGUGUGUGUGUGUGUGUGUUUCAGUUUGUAGGUUAGUGAAAGAUUGCUGUGGCUGUAGAUAAGAGGAUUAGAGUGGAAUUAGUGUCAUUCCUCUAUCGCUGCGAGGAAUAGAUUCAUAUCGAUUUUAAUCAGAGAUAGAAAGAUCCACAAAACCACAGAUAAAACAGACCGAGACAGACUGCGGCAGAGGAGUGAGUGCCAGAAAGCGAGCGGCGACACCAGAAGGCAAAGAUUCCCGGAGAUCAUCAACCUGCAGGCUCAGUAUGUUCAGCUGGAGAGUGAAGAGCUGCAUGCAUGGAUGUAAAGAUACAUAAAUAAACACAAAUACAUGCAUGCGAGAGGAAUCUCAUGUAUUUGCCUUCAUUCUGGAGCUCUCUGGCUGAGGAAACUUCCAGCCACUGUGGGAUGUUUCAUCACAACCAGCAGCAUUAGUCAGCCGGACGGUGUGGACGGUUGACUGCAGAGACGUGGUGGUGGUGGGGGUCACUGCAGCCGGGAUGCUGGCGCUGUGUCCACUGUGGCAGGGAAACCUGUGAAACAUGAAGGUGGACGUGCUGACUUGCUUGGCCCUUGCCGCGGCCAGCCUUGUUGCCAUGGUGACCGGCGGUCGCAGCUCCGGGCGCAGGAAGCACAAAGAGGUCUUUCUCGGGGAAAACAGCAAGUUCAAGUUUGGAGGGCGCAUUGACUACAAACUGAAGAAGCAGGACAGCACCAAAACACUCCUUAUAAAGAGUGAACAGCUGCUGAGGAUUGAGGAGCAUGACUUCGCUAUGAGACCAGGCUUCGGAGGUGCAGCCAUCCCAGUAGGCAUUGAUGUGCAGGUGGAGAGCAUCGACAGCAUCUCAGAGGUCAACAUGGAUUUCACCAUGACUCUAUACCUGCGUCACUACUGGAAAGACGAGCGGCUGGCGUUUCCAUCUCGUAACAACCAGAGCAGGACGUUUGACUCACGGCUGGUGAAGAAGAUCUGGGUUCCUGACGUGUUCUUCGUCCACUCCAAACGCUCCUUCAUCCACGACACCACCAUGGAGAACAUCAUGCUGCGGGUCUACCCCGACGGAAACAUCCUCUACAGCGUCAGGGUCACUGUGACGGCUCUCUGCUCGAUGGACUUCAGUAGCUUCCCUCUGGACACGCAGAACUGCUCGCUGGAGCUGGAGAGCUACGCGUAUAAUGAGAACGACCUGAUGCUUUACUGGAAGAAUGGGAACGACUCUCUGAGGACGGAUGAGAUCGUCUUGUCUCAGUUCUUCAUCGAGCAUUUCCAACCCUCCAGUGGCCUGGCUUUCUACAGUAGCACAGGUUGGUACAAUCGUCUGUUCAUCAACUUCAUCCUGCGGAGGCACAUCUUCUUCUUCAUGCUGCAGACGUACUUUCCCACCAUGUUGAUGGUCGUUCUGUCCUGGGUCUCCUUCUGGAUCGACAGGAGGGCCGUUCCCGCUCGAGUCUCUCUGGGUAUAACCACAGUGCUCACAAUGUCCACCAUCAUUACAGGAGUGUCGUCCUCCAUGCCGCAGGUGUCGUAUGUGAAAGCGGUGGACAUCUACCUGUGGACCAGCUUCCUGUUUGUCUUCCUGUCUGUGAUCGAGUACGCGGCCGUGAACUACUGCACCACUCUGGAGGAGAUGAGGAAGAUGAAGAGGGGGAAGCUCCCAUCCACCUUCAAUGCCAGCCAGGCGAUGGCCUUCGACGGCUGUUUCCAUGACAACGACAUUGAGCUGACUCCAUUCCCUCGGAUGGCAGCGACCCCGACCUCUGAACCCCUCACCACACCGACCCAAAACCAAGACAUCCGUCCCUUGGAGGGAACCCGCCUCCGCCGGCAGCGGUCUGUGCGUGAAAACGUAGACCUGCUGCUAAGCCACAGCUACAUGAUCGACUCGUACUCCCGCCUGGCCUUCCCUCUGUCCUACCUGCUCUUCAACAUCAUCUACUGGAGCCUGUACUCCUGAUCCAGCACUACAAACUCUCCAUCAACUUGUAACAGAGAGGAUUCCUCCUCUCCACAGGGGGCUCCAGACACUUCAGUGAAUUAACUCUUGAUCACACAUGCAGCUCCAGAUAUAUCAGUAAUUAUUUGCAAGAGAGAUUCAGAUAAAAGCACUAGAGUCACUCAGCCUGAGUAGGAACUCUGUACUUGUGCACAGUUUCCCCCUAACCCUUGUCUCACAGGAGUUGGUCGAGUCUGAGAUUAUAUGAAUGGAAUCUAAUCUCUUGUUUUUUAAUAAUAUGUACAUGUGAAUCUUCUUUCUGUUCAUCUAAUAGAAGGUUAGUACACUUUUGUUUAUACCUGUAUCUUUUCCCAUAAACCAAAGGGAAGUACUGAAUUUGGAUAAAAUCUAAUAAAAAUGUGCUUUUUGAAAAAUACCUUUCUCUUCUGAUGAAUGAUAUCAGUGGAGUCAACUGUACACAUAAUUAUUUUUUUCUCAUUCAAUUUUUAUCUUGUUCAUGUAAAAGUGACAUUAUGUGUCGUAGUUGCUGCACCACUAAGGACACUGAGGUCACUCUUCUUAUUGUGGAUUUUAGAAGGUAAUUUCACAUGGUGCAAUGUCAUAAACUCAA